AUGCUCGGGUCGCCGUGGGCACUUCCUUCAUCGCCGGCAGCCCCGCAGAAGCUCGAGCUCGACGAGACGACACUGCAUAAUCGCGUGGAGGUGGAGCAGGGCGCGGCGGAACAAACGGGGCCCACGGAUCACCACCCCCCGCACCCACGAAGCCGGCCCCAGCAGGCAACGGUCGACCAGGACGCACGAGGGAGCCCUCAGGAUCAUGCGGCAGGAGGGCAGCGAGUGGAACAACGGGAGCAGGUGGACGCGCGGGACGAGACGACGAUUCCGCCCUCGUACGAUGAAUGGCUUCUUCCAUGCCGUCCAGCCUCUGGAGCACGCGCUCCAUCGCGGACGGCGCCCGCGGCGCCGCCCCGCCACGGCCAUAGCCUCCACGGCGCCCAUGGCGCCCACUCACAUUCGACCGCGCGGGAGAUUGCGGGCGAGAUUGCACGCGUUGGCGCUGUCGCCCAGGGGAUCGGCCCCCGCGACGAGGAGAGUGAAGCCGCUGGCGUUUUGACGGCCGCGACGAAUGCGCAGCGGGGGAUCGGUGACGAGAGGCGGGACGAUGAGGUGAUCGCUGCCGCGUCGAACGGCGAGCAGGGGACUGGUGGCGGCGCGUCCAACGAUCUCGGGACCGGCUCCGCGAUACCGCGGGCCGAGGCGAACGGGGGGAACGAGGCGAACGCGGCGAACGCGGCGGAACGGGCGACGGAGAUCUCUCGCGGCGAUCACCGCGGCGCGUACGACGGGUUCCGCGGGCGCCUGAUCUUUGCGCGACUGGGUCCGCUGCAGAUCGCGCCGCUGCUCCUCGAAUCGGCGGCGGAUCUGUUCAUCCACCCCCAUCGGAGCGACAGGGACGCUCGCGGCAGGUCGCGCAGGAGGAUGCGGGCGGGGAGCAGGCUCGCUCUCCGCGGUACAGUCGCGGCCGGGGGCAGCAGUCGUCUCCAUCAAGGCGAGGGGAGGAAUCCGCGCCAAACGCGGACGGGGAGCGAACGGGGGCGAUUCCUGCUGGACGCGGGGGAAGAACAGCGGGCAGCGGAGGGCGAGCGCGCGGAGGCGGGCCAGAGAACGCCUACCAGCAGGCGGGAAGGCGGGCUUUAA